AUGAAACUGUCUGGCUCACCAUGUCCACUUGAUCAGAUAUCAAUAAUCUGUUUUAAACGAUGUCCGUAUCUACGUUCCUACUUGACUGAGAUAAUCCAUGCAGCUUGGUCACGCGGUGUUGUUCCAUCUGAAUGGAAAAAAGCAUGCACAAUAUUAAUUCACAAGAAAGGAGAAACAAACGACCCAGCAAACUUUCGACCAAUUACUCUUGAAUCCAUCCCGCUUAAAGUCUUCACAUCAUGUCUUCGAAAUAAAACAUUUGAAUUCCUGUCAGACAAUAAUUACACAGAACAAAACAUCCAGAAAGGUUUCACUCCAAAACUCUCAGGAACACUAGAACAUACUGCUCAGAUGGCACAUAUAAUUAACACAGCGCGUACCAAGCAACGAUCUAUAGUUAUUACAUUACUCGAUCUUAAAAAUGCAUUUGGCGAAGUCCAUCACAACCUCAUUUACGAAGUCCUUGAUUAUCAUCACGUUCCUAAUCACAUAAAGAACCUUAUCUGCAGUCUUUACACUGAUUUCCAAACUUCCAUCAUAACCGAACAGUUUAACACCCCCUUCAUUACAGUCGGUCGUGGCGUUCUUCAAGGCGAUUGUCUCAGUCCACUUUUAUUCAACAUGUCAUUCAAUACUUUCAUACAACAUAUUAAAUCUGAAAAAUACCGUCAGCUUGGAUUUUGGAAAUUAAGUGAAAUUGGCAUUCCGUGCAAUCCUAUACAUUGGUUUCAGUUUGCAGACGAUGCUGCUGUCAUCAGUAGCCAAGAGAAAGAAAAUCAAAUGCUCCUUAAUCGUUUUACAAUCUGGUGUCAAUGGGCUAAUAUGAUUAUACGCGUUGACAAAUGUUCAACAUUUGGCAUUAAAAAACACUUAACUAAAUCUAUCCAGUAUUUACCCAAGCUUUUCGUUAAUAACGAUCUUGUACCCAGAACCGAAAUGGGCAAAUCUUUCCGUUACUUAGGUCGCUAUUUCGAUUUCAAUAUGUCUGAUGGGGAACACAAAUCAGAAUUACUCGACGUGUUUAAUGACAUCAUGAAUAAAAUUAAUGAACUACCUUUACACCCGAAAAAUAAAAUUCUACUAUACAGUCGUUACUUGCUGUCAAAGAUAUCCUGGGACUUCACUGUUUCUGAUAUAUCUAAGACCUGGAUCUGCGAAACGUUAGACAGUAUUGCGACAACAUAUAUCCGAAAAUGGCUGGAACUUCCCGUCUCUGCAACCCUUAGCAACGUGUUGCUUCCACAAAACAAAUUUGGUCUGAAUAUUAUUCUCCCUUCGACAAAAUUUAUCCAAUGUCAAACUGUCUCUCGAUCAGUUUUAAAAUACUCACCAAACGUAGAUAUUAACAAUCUAUGGGCGGUGACGAGCACCAACAAGAACAUACAGUAUGAAAUUUACAAAGACACAAAAGACGUACUUAAGGCAGUUAGAAAAGAAAACGAACAAAGACUUCAAAACCACCUCAUUUCGCAAGGUUCUUUCUUUUCCAGUAUCAUGAAUCAUUCCACAUCCACAUUCAACUCUUUAUGGUCAUCCGUUCAGAGCAAACUUCCGACAAACAUUUUUAACUUCACCAUCCGAUAUAUCAAUAACACACUUCCAACACGAAAGAACCUAUCAAAAUGGGGACUAUCAUCAACAUCCGAUUGCUCUUUCUGCUCCUCACCUGAAACGCUGCUCCAUGUGAUUGCUGGAUGUAAGACAUAUUUAGACGAAGGACGGUUUACAUGGCGACACGAUUCCGUUUUUAAUUUCCUCGCAUCCACUCUUACUGCUGUGAAAAAUUCCACACUUUACGCGGACAUUCCUGGUUUUAUGAAUCCAUCUGUUAUCACGGGAGAUCGUUUACAAGCUGACCUUCUGCUGGUGACUGAAAACAGAUGCCUAUACAUCCUCGAGCUUACAGUCGGUUAUGAAUCCAAUCUGCUAGUUAACGCCAAUCGUAAGCGUCAAAAGUACCGUGAUCUAAUCAAUGAGCAGGAAGCAGAUUAUGAUAAAGUCAAGUUCGUCAAUUUAUUCUUGAGUACCCUCGGAGUUUUUGGCCGAUCUUGUGAAAAUUUCGAUGGCAUGCUAAGUAGCCUUAAAUGUGAUGCCAAGUAUAGUAAAUACAUAAAAAAGCAAAUCGUGAACAUAUGCAUACGAACAUCAUAUUAUGUAUUUUGUAAACGAAACAAGGUGUGGGAUAACCCAAAAUUAAUGUUAAUAUAA